UGUUUCAUAAAUAGAAUCUUAUCACGUGUGCACCAAGCCUGUCAACAGCAUAUCAAAUUUCACGUCAGUGUUAACUUCCAAUGACUAUUUGAAGCGAAAAUAAAAAAGUGGCUUCCAUCCACUACUUAAAUUAACCAUUUGUUAUGGAUCCUAAGGACCUUGAAGAACAAUUACUCUACUAUGCUAAAGAGGGCAGGCGCUCCCAGGUUCAGAAUCUUCUUCAAAUGAGGAUUGAGAAGGAGCUCAGCUUGGACAUCAACUGCAGAAGUAAGACUAGUGCCACUGUUGGUUGGACACCGCAACAUCUAGCAUGUUAUUUUGGACACAAGAAUGUUGUGGAGGGAUUGCUCAAGGCUGGUGCUCAUGUGAAUUUGUAGAACAACACAGGCAACACACCCCUUCAUGAAGCUGCCUUGACAGGAAGAAAAGAAGUCGUUCUCUUGCUGCUACGAUAUGAUGCUUGCGCCAAUAUCAUCAAUGGCACUUCCCAGAUCCCCAAAGAUGUCACCGAGGAUGAUGAAAUCAUUACCAUGCUAGAAGCGGCAGAAAGAAGAGAGGAGAGGAGGCUGGAGGAGAGGCUCCUGGAGGCGGCCAGGGAGGGAGACGUGGCCACGGUGUCUCAGCUGCUCAGCAGGAGGCCACCUCCCCACAUCCAGUGCAGAGACCCAGUGGGAAACACGCCAUUACACUGUGCAGCCUACAGGGGGCACAAGCAGUGUGUGGUGAAACUGCUCAAGUGUGGAGCCAGCUCCAGCCUCAAGAACAAGGCUGGCCAGACUCCCUCUGACCUGGCCUGCAUCGAUGACAUAAGGCUGGUCCUAGCAGGUGUUCAUGACAAGGAAAUAGCCAGUGGUGUGCGGACGUUUGAAGGCCUCCUUUGGAAGAGUUCACGCUUUCUGGGCUGGCGCACCUUUUGGGUGGUGCUGAAGAAUGGGGUGCUGUCCUGGUACCCCCGACAGGAAGAUGCAGUGUUGGGUUCUCGGAGGCAGGGCUGCAAGGCUCUGACUCAGUCCUAUUGCAUGGUCAAAGCCGGGGACAAGUGCUUCUUCACCCUAAGGUGACUUGAUGACACCGUGCUUAACUUGAAAGUUUCUUCGAAAACAGACCCAGAGUCUGCCAGAAAAAAAUGGCUGGAGGCGUUGGAGGAGCACGCUGCCUACAGCACCCAACACUGGACUCGCCCCACUGACGAGGAGGGGGAUGAAGAUGACAUGUCUCUGAAAGAUCUGGUUCUUUCUCUCCAGGUGGCUGAGGAUGCCCAGCACAAACUGGAGACGCAUGUGUCUAUUUUUAUGGCCAUGGUGAAGAACGAGGAGAGCGAUGCUCUAGCUGCUCCUCUCCUUCUGAAGGCCAGGGAGACCAGUGAGCUCUCUAGAGAAACCUGUGCAGCCCUUCGCCUCUGUCUGGGCCUGCUCUCCAAACAGGAGGAGGUGUGGAGUCUGAAGUUGGAGCAGGAGGUGGAGAAGAACAAGGCUCUCUGUGAAGCUCUUCAGACCCUGGGUACAGAACACCACCAGCUGGAGCAGUCUGUGUGUCCAAGCCGGAAGUCCCCAACCUUUACCAUCCGCACAGAUGAUGAUUUCUACGAUGCUCUGUCAGAAUCGGGUUCGGACGUCUCUGUGAGCGACUUCCUGUCCGUGAGCAGCCAGGCCUUUGAGGAGGGGAGAGAGCCCCCCCCGUUCAGCAGCCUCCGCCGCCGUCCCAGCACCCCCGGGGGCACCGCCGACAUGUCUGGGGAGGGGAACCAUGGCGACAAGGCCCAGUGCAACGGAGUCAAGAAGCACAGAACCUACCUGCCCGCCUCCAUGUUCUCCAGGAACGACGUCAGCAUCUGGAGCAUCCUGAAGAAGUGCAUCGGCAUGGAGUUGUCUAAGAUAGCCAUGCCUGUUAUCUUCAACGAGCCCCUCAGCUUCCUGCAGCGUCUGACAGAGUACAUGGAGCACACGUACCUCAUCCACCAGGCCAACGCCGCCUCCGACUCAGUCGAGAGGAUGAAGUGUGUAGCAGCGUUUGCUGUGUCUGCUGUAGCCUCGCAGUGGGAGCGGACAGGAAAGCCCUUCAACCCACUACUGGGAGAGACCUACGAACUCAUCAGAGAGGACCUGGGUUUCCGCUGGAUGUCGGAGCAGGUGAGUCAUCACCCCCCGGUCAGCGCCUUCCACGCCGAGGGCCUGAAGGAGGACUUCCUGUUCCACGGCUCCAUCUACCCCAAACUCAAGUUCUGGGGCAAGAGCGUGGAGGCCGAGCCCAAGGGGGUGAUCACCCUGGAGCUGCCCAAACAUGGUGAAGCUUACACCUGGACCAACCCGACCUGCUGUGUCCACAACAUCAUCGUGGGUCAGCUGUGGAUAGAGCAGUAUGGCAACGUGGAAGUCAUCAAUCACAAGACCGGGGAACGUUGCAGCCUGACAUUCAGACCUUCCGGCCUUUUUGGCAAAGAGCUGCACAAAGUGGAGGGCUACAUUCUGGAUAAAAGCAAAAAAAAGCUGUGUGCCAUAUAUGGCAAAUGGACUGAAUGUUUAUACACAGUAGACCUGGCCUCUUUUGAUGCCUACAAGAAGGCUGACAAGAAGAAUGCAGAGGAGAAGAAAAGCAACACCAAGGACGAGGAGCCAGAGGAGAUGCCCCUGCCGGAUGCUGAGACGGUCCAGCUCAUCCCCGGCAGCGAGCUCAUCUGGAGGAUAUCACCACGGCCAGAGAACUCUGCUGAGUUCUAUGCCUUUUCCACGUUUGCCAUGCAGCUGAACGAGCUGGAGAAGGACAUGGAGGGGGUCAUCCCUUCCACAGACUGCCGCCUGCGGCCAGACAUACGCGCCAUGGAGAACGGAGACAUCGAUGUUGCGAGUGCAGAGAAGAAAAGAGUGGAGGAGAAACAAAGGAUGGCCAGGAAAAACCGCUCCAAGUCCAACGACGAAUGGAAAACGAGGUGGUUCCAGCAGGGGCCUAACCCCCACAACAAGGCUCAGGAUUGGCUCUACUCCAAAGGCUACUGGGAUAGGACCUACUCCCAGCUCCCCGAUAUUUACUGACCUCCAACAUGCUCUCCAUCUCUGUUCCCAACGUCAUCCAAACCUCUCUGUCUCUCUCUCCCUCUCUCUGUGUCCCUCUCCCUCUCCCUCCCUGCUGUUUCCAUGGACCACACCUGCUAGAACUUUAGACGGCGUAACUUUGCUUCAAAAGUUUCAUUGAAGGGGGGAGAGGAAUGUUCUAAUAGAUGGGAUGGAACCGGCCUUAAGAUGGACAAUAUGUCCUCAACAGGAUCAAUGGCUGUCGAGCUUAGCUGAGUGAAGCUGAUCACCAACCAUUUAGCUGCUACCACACAGCCUGUGUCAUACUCGAAGCACAAUAUUGAAGUACCCCAUGCGCUUGUUUGUAAAAAGCAAAGACUUCUAAUAUAGAAAGAUUAGUAGAUUGUAUUCUUCUAAUAUAGAAAGUAGAUUGUAUUAAUCCGAAAUAUUUUAUUCUACAGUGCAGUUUGAGAUGGAGUGUUUUUACUUGAAUGUGCAUAAUCACGUUAAAACCCGAAUCAAGGAAUAAAACCCACGUCAUCUCAGCCCCUUCUAAUGCAUCACAUGCUGCACCGUCACUUAGGAAAGCGCAGAAAUGGCAUCUGGCAUCCUAAAAGCAUAGAGCUUUCAGCUAAGUGUUUGAACUACUUCCUAGAUAUGUAUUUACUGUAGUGGCUGAUUGAGGAAAACUCAGGAGUGUUCAGCUGCCUCAGUCUCAGUAUCCUGUUCUGAGGCAUUGACAUGUUUUUGUAAAUGAACAGAGCUGUUUUAUUCCUUUCUGAUACAAUGCAGUGUAUUCAUGAUCAAAAUAAGAAAUUUUCUGUCUCUAGAGGACUGUAUUGUACCAAGAAGUCUGGCUUUUGCUUCCACGAGCAGUUCAGAUGACUAGAUUGUGGUUGACACUUGGCUCAAUAAUGAAUAUGAUAUGCAUUUUUGUGUGUGUAAAAAUUCUCCUCUCUAUAGUAAGGUCCUUUUUGGCUAUUCUGAGAAAUAGAUACUGUACUGCAGAGUUGUUUGAACCGCUGUAUGUAGCACCCACUGAUUACACACACUCCACCACUAGACUAUGCAAGCCACCAGAUGCACCCUUAAACACUGACACAUUUCUGCUUCAUACCCAUGCACUGAUCACAUUCCCAUCUUCAGUUGUGUGUAGCUGCUGUAGGUUCUGUAAAGAGGAUGCACUUGUAAUAUAGGACAGGGUCGUGGGCCCGGUCUGUAGUCCCUGUGAACGCACAGUUUUAUCUACUCAGUUCUUGUGUAUAUCUCAAUUACAGAAUAAACUCAUUUCUAUUGUUGCUAAAUAAAAGCUUAAUGU